GUUCUGUGGUGUGCACAAUCAAGGCUUCCGCGAGGCAGGUGGACGAAGAGCAGAGGGGUCAAAGCGAUGGAAUCAUGGGACCUUUCCUCCAAGCGCAAGGGAUCCCGCAAGGCCUACGAGCUAAGAGGCAGAGUGCAGUCAUGCGAUCCCGGCGAGCUCCUCUCUAUGCUCCACACUUGCAUCGAUCUGGUGCAAAGCGAAGAGGAUGUCGUCGGAGGCUUUGAAUGCAUCAGAGAAUGGUCAAUACGAGGCUCAGACACGAUUGCGUUGGAUGAGCUUGACCGACCAUCGCAGUCCCGGCUCUGCGCCACUUUCUGGACAUUCCUGCCCGCUGAGCGAAAGACGUUAUCGGCCAAGGCCAGAGAGGCACUCGAAGCCAUUCUUGACCUCUUGGAGCAUCUCAGCGCCCGCGCGCCUCGAGGGUCUCCCCAAUGCGAUCAAAAGACGGAACGGAACAGGUCAGGCAAAGGAGUCCGCGCGGUACCCCAGCCUGUCCCUCCGCUACUUUCAAUGCUCACGUCACAAGCACUGCAAGUCGUCGAUCGAAAAGUUUCGCUAAUUGUCAUCGAAGUCUUGAGCCAGCGCUAUGGUAUCCAGUACAUCUCCGCUCUCGAGCCGAAUCUCUACCAGCACCUCGUUCACGGCUCCGAGGCCAAUCAGGAAAUCGGCCUCAGCAGACGGUCUAAGCUCGCCAUCGCCCAUCUCCGCCAUGAAGGCCAAAAGUUUGGUCUCUUUGCAGAGGUUACCUCUCAAGAGACAGCUGGGCAGAGACUUCUAUGGUGCGAAAUUUGGUCCGAAACGAUCGCCUCGACUAUGGUCGCAUCAGGUCCUGAUUGUCGGAGGAGAGCACAUCUCUGCUGCUUCCACAUCCCGAGCUUACUUGAGCUUGCCCCAUGGUGCCUCGUCCCGCUCGUGAAAGCGAUCAAGAAGAGGACAACAGAUCAGAAUGCCCUUGCUGGGCUGCUCUCGGCCAUGCGGUGUGCCAAGUUGAAGGCCCUCGCCGUUGUUGGUGAGGCCGAACAUGCCGUGCGCCUCGACGAUCUGUCUACUCUUGAGGACCCUUGUCAGACGUAUAUUAUUGCUAUCUCGCCUUCACUCGUCCGGACGUGCGUCUCGUCUUCGAUACAGGAGCUUCAAGUGCUUGGACUUUCGCUCGUGACCGACGCCCGCGCUUCUUCGACCAGCUUGACGUCAGACGACUUUGGCAUCGUCCGCCAUUUCCUCAACACCAAUUUUUCUCAGUCGACGCCAGAGGGACGCAACGCAGUCCACAGCAUCCUUGCUAGGCUCAUGGCAAGGCUCAAGGCAAGCACGCACGUAGCGAGCAGGAAAAGGGAAGGUGGGGCCGGCGUCAUUGAGGAUGCAAAGCACUUCCUCCAGUGGCUCCACAGACUGUCGACCUUGGCUUUGCACCCCGGAGCACCGUAUCAUAUUGCUCGUGCCGGCCUGUCAUACCUGGAGAUGCUUUCAUUCACAGGGGUCGAUCCAUCAAUUUCGCAAGCGAAUCUGCCCAAAAGGAGCGCUGGUCAGCUCGACGGCUUGCACUUCCCUUUCACCGCCACCAUUGCCACGCCUGACGUCGUCGAGAGGCUGCUUCAAUGCGCCGAUAGCACCUUUCUCGAAGUGCAGUCGUCUGCAUUCAGACUCCUAUCGCGGUUUCCCGCUCCCUUGGCGGGCCUCGAAGAUCGAAACAAGGCUCAGGCUGCAAUCCUCGACAAAGCGGUGCGUCUCAUGCUGUCAACGCGAGAAUCAGAGAGCAACGCUGCUUCGCUCCUCGCUCGUCUAUAUCUCGAGGUCUACAUCAAGCGGUGUGGCUGGUCUUGGACGCCCCUCGUGCGAGCCUUGAAGGGCACAAAAGAAGCUAUGGAGCAGAGGCCAAAGGCCGGCUGCGAUAUGACGCUCUAUUUCAUCGAUGACGUUCUUGAGCUCCUGGAUUUCCUUCUCCAGCAUGACUCCAUCCUCGACGCCGCGCGUCACCGGCCUAUCCAUGGCACUAUGGUGGCGCUGCAGGAGCUUUUCCGAGGCAUCAAUGUGGACGCGUGUGAUGACGAACAUCUACGGAAGGUCUUGGUCAGGACAAUGGCGCUCAUCGAUCGAGCUUGGGAAGUGACGAGAGGCAUUUUGUGCAAUCGUGCACCCGAGGGCUCGUUCGGCGCUGAAGAGCACAACGAGAUGGAGCGAGCGCUCGAAGCUGCCGAAGCCGACCAUGACGAUAGUGAUGACGACAACGAUGAUGAUGAUGAUGGCAUCUCUGCGGACGAAGGCGAUGAAGAGCCGGACGAAACAACGCCGAGGCACCAGAUCAUUCUCUCCUACUGCUGGCGGGGCAUGAAGGAAGCAUCAGCCCUCUUGGGGAGCAUCGUCGCAAGCACCGUCGACCGACGCUUCUGGACAGAAGCGCAAGUACGGUCCGUGGGCGAGAGAUUCAACAUGUGGCUCUCCCUCGUCCGACAUCGUGGCGCAUUCAGCACCAUCUACCCCUCCUACCUGAUGGCUGCUUCGGCCCUCGUGCGCAAGGACUGGCCAGAGGUGGCGAAGCUCCCUGCUGACUGGCUCGAAAGCUUUAUCGACGGAGUCGCUUCGCCACGAUCAAGCAUCUCGACCACCAGGCGAAGUGCUGGCAUUGGCUUCGCCGUCUUGGCUCUCGUUUGCGCCACGACAAGCCGGACCGAGCGUAGCACCAUAGAAAAGACUGUAAGACGCCUCAUCGGAAUCGCUCACGAUUCUGAUGAGGCUGCCUCACGUGUCCAUGCCCUCAACAUUCUUCGUGUCCUUGUGUCCGACACGUCCCUUUCGGAGCCUCUUCAGCCCUUUGAGGGGGAGCUGUUUACCCUCGUUAUCCCCUGCUUUACGUCAACGACGUGGCGCAUUCGCAACGCCGCCAUGAUGCUCUUCAGCCAGCUCUGCAACCGCGUCUUCACCUACAACCUCACCAACCGGGACUCUGCUGAAGCCAAAAAAGCGUGGCACGAAUUCUUCACGAGGUACAGUGGCCUCCAUGAUAUGCUGAGGGAGCAGCUCACGGAGCACCUCGCUUCAAACGGAAGGGAUGCGAUGGAUGCAUACCAAAGUUCUCUUUUUGCAGUACUCCUGUUGUUGUCGAGAUUACAGGCCACAGACACGACUUUCAACCAACAAGGGGCGAACCCUGAGCUCAUUUCACCGCUUGUCGAAAAGUGUCUGGCCAGCAAGAUCUGGAAGCUCCGAGAGAUUGCUGCGUCAGCAUACGCAGCUUCUACUGUUCCUAAACGUGCAUCUCGCGUAGCGACAGAAGUCUUUUCCAAAUGCACACACGAAGAUGAGAACGAAGCGCACGGAAGGCUGAUGGCGAUCCGGAGGCUUAUCGUUCUCGCUCGCCAGCAUCAAUUAACCAGUGACUUGAUCGAUUUGGAGACCGUUCUGGCGCAAAAGGCCUCGAUGUGGCUGGAAGACAAUGCUUGUGCUGUCACAAAGGCCGCCUUUCUCGAUCUUGUUGAGGAGCUGGGCGGAUCUGUCGUGGACGACGCCUCGGCGUCUUACAGUAGCAAAUGGCUCUUGGAGUCGAGGCAGCUCGAUAUCGUCGCACUCAGGGAUCAUCUUCGUCGACCGGGAGAGACACUCUUGCUGGCAGCAUGUGCACGUACAAUGCUCCGUCUAAGAAGAGACACCGAAGCGGACCUGUUGUCCCAUCCUGUCGAGGACGUUCGUCGACAGGCCAUAAAGCCCGUCAGCGGCCACCCUCUUCAUCUGGUAAUCCAACGCAUGCUGGUCGACAUGGUCAUUGAACCCUCAGAGGGCAUCAUCACCCGCAUCGAAGCCGCCAAGGCCCUUGUGCCAGUUGAAUUGAGCUCAGCAGCGACCUCAACGGAGGAGGUGUCGAGGAUUCACAGGCUGGAGCAAGUGGCCCUACAGGGUGCGUCUGUACCUUUAAAGGAAGCAGCGAUGCCAGUCCUCGCUGGGCUGCUCGCCAGCAGUGCUGUCGCAAGAAAUGGAAGCCGCCUUGCGGCGAUCUGCGAGGCGAUCGCAGACCGGGCCCAAGAGGAAAGGUCAUUCGAAUCUAGGAUCUCGGCCAUCGAGACGAUCGAGAAGAUCUCUGACUUGCUGUUUCCUACCCAUAGCCUGGAGCGAGGGCAGGAGGAAAAGAGCUUUUUCGACGCCCGCUUGGCACUUCUCAAGCUAGUCGUAGAUGAUGACGAGGACAUUCGAGGGUGCGCGCUUGCUGUUGCAGGGAAGAUUGGCAAAUCGUCGUCAUCAGAUGAUACCGAACAAGACCACUCGCCCACAUAUGUUGCUAGACAAUGCCCGCCAAGCUGUGUAGCGAGCGUGGAGCGAAUCUGGAGAUGGAUGGAGAGCCACUAUGACCGGGUCGGUUCGGCACUAUGGCGAGACCACGUCUGGUCGCUUUUGUGUCCCUCGAAAGAUCAGAGACAGAUGACGCUGUCUGUGGCGUUUGAGAGCAGCACAGCGCUCUUUGCGGAAGAGCGACCCAACCAAUUUGUCGACCCCGAAGCUCAAUUUGUAGCAGCUCAUGCUUACUGCUUGGAGCAUGCACCGUCUUCGUCAUUGAUUGCGGCAGAAAUGCUGCAAGAGGUGUCCGAGGACGCGGAAACGCUGUUAGCCCACAUAGGCACGGCAUUCGAUGAAGCCGCUGCCACCCCAAGGUCCUUCUUUACGACAUAUCAGCUGGCAAUGCGUCUUUCCCUCGCCAUGGAUGCGCUCAGCCGGCAUCUGGACGCCGACGUAUCGGGGCAACGGAGCACAAAGACGGCAAAACAACAGCAAGCACUGGAUCGACUGUGGAAGCUGAAGGGCGAGUCUCCAGCUGAAGAAGGUCCGAGUGACCCAGGUCAACGCGAUCAGGAGCAAGUAGACCGCGAAGUCGACGCUCUCGGCCUGGCAAAUGGCCAGACGAAGCUUCAUAUUGCUAUGGUCUCGGACUUCUUUUUUCCCAACGUUGGCGGCGUCGAGGGACACAUUUACAUGUUGAGCCAUCGCUUGUUGGAGCGUGGACACAAGGUCAUCGUCAUUACGCACGCCUAUCCUCCCCAUCGCGUAGGCGUACGAUACCUGUCAGGCGGCCUCAAGGUUUACUAUGUCCCUUAUCAAGUCAUUGCCCGUCAGGACACGCUGCCAAAUUUCUUCAGCCUUCUUCCUCUUCUCCGCCAAAUUCUUGUGCGAGAAGGGAUUGACCUCGUACACGCCCAUCAAGCCCUGUCUUCGAUGGGGCUGGAGUCGCUCUUGCACGCAAAGAGUAUGGGUCUCAAGACGGUCUUCACCGAUCAUAGCCUCUUCGGGUUCAGCGAUGCCGCGAGCAUCCUUACCAACAAGCUGUUGCGGUUUCUGCUCAGCGACGUUGAUGCUGUCGUGUGCGUCAGUCACACAGCAAAGGAAAAUACGACCUUGAGGGCCAAUCUCGACCCUUGCAAGGUCAGCGUGGUGCCCAAUGCCGUCGAGUCGGACAGCUUCAAGCCAAGAACCCCUACACUUGUCCAUGAGGAUCCUCGCCAGGUGACGAUCGUCGUCCUUUCCCGCCUCAUGUAUCGCAAGGGCAUUGAUCUCCUGCUCGCCUGCAUCCCCCGACUAUGUGCACUGGACCCGCACAUCCGCUUCAUCAUUGGGGGCGAUGGCCCAAAGCGUGUAGAGCUUGAACAGAUGCGAGAGCGCUUCUCGUCACUUCACUCGCGUGUCGAUGUGUGCGGUGCUAUCCGUGCCGGCUCGCAAGUUCGCAAUCACCUCGUCAAAGGGCACGUGUUCUUGAACACGAGCCUCACGGAGGCGUUCGGUACGGGCAUCGUCGAGGCCGCUAGUUGUGGCUUGCUUGUCGUCAGUACGAGGGUUGGAGGCAUUCCUGAGGUUCUGCCAGACUGGAUGAACCUCUUGGCGGAACCGGAUGAAGAUGACAUUGUCGAUACUACGCUCCGGGCUAUCCGUCUCGUACGCCUUCGACUUCUGAAGUCGCGCAUGAUGACGCGGGAAGAGCGCGAAUCAGCUGCUUCGACUCAAGGCGCAAGCGGAAGCGAAGGCGAGCCCAGAGAAGUGGCCCCUGAUCCCUGGAACCAGCACACCCGCCUGUCGCAGAUGUACUCUUGGAGUAACACGGCACAGCGCGUCGAGCGCGUCUACAUGCAGGCAUUGAAGAAACCGAUGCCGUCUACUCUUGAGCGUUUGGUACAAUUCAGACAGGGCGGACCGAUCGCCGGUAUCAUCUUCGUCAUUGUCGUCUCUGUCGAAAUGCUCUUUUUGAUCGUGCUCAAGCACUUGUCGCCGUCAGACGACAUCGAGGUUCUCGAUCCUACUUCUGGCGAGCCAGACGAAGUUGCAAAAGGCCAAGGGCAGCCCAUUCAGCUCUCUCGUUUUUCAUAGUGCACUUGCAGGUGUCUGUCUGCCUUCGUUCGGUGGGCUUGCAGACAUCUUGAUAGACUGACGAUAGGACUUUCCAAAAGAAUUGCUUCCUCUUUCUUCCAGCAUGUAUCAGUAGACUCAAAGAC